GGCGGCCGCGAGGGCGGCGGCGGCGAGGGUGACGGCGGCGACGGCGAGCCGGAGGGAGGCGGCGGCUCCGCCGGCGGAGGGGCAGGUGGCGGCGGCGAGGGCGGCGGCGGCGACGGCGAGCCGGAUGGCGGCGGCGGCGUGGGAGGCGGCGGCGACGGCGACGCGGACGGAGGCGGCGGGGAGGGCGACGCGGAGGGCGGCGGCGGCGACGGCGAGGCGGACGGCGGCGGCGGCGACGGCGAGGCGGACGGAGGCGGCGGCGAUGGCGACGCGGAUGGCGGCGGCGGCGACGGCGAGGCGGACGGCGGCGGCGGCGACGGCGAGGCGGACGGAGGCGGCGGCGAUGGCGACGCGGAUGGCGGCGGCGGCGACGGCGAGGCGGACGGCGGCGGCGGCGACGGCGAGGCGGACGGAGGCCGCGGCGACGGCGACACGGACGGCGGCGGCGGCGACGGCGAGGCGGACGGAGGCGGCGGCGACGGCGACGCGGACGGUGGUGGCGGCGACGGCGAGGCGGACGGAGGCGGCGGCGACGGCGACGCGGACGGAGGCGGCGGCGACGGCGACGCGGAGGGAGGCGGCGGCGAUGGCGACGCGGACGGCGGCGGCGGCGACGGCGACGCGGACGGAGGCGGCGGCGACGGCGAGGCGGACGGCGGCGGCGGCGACGGCGAGGUGGAGGGAGGCGGCGGCGACGGCGACGCGGACGGAGGCGGAGGCGACGGCGUGGCGGAGGGAGGCGGCGGCGACGGUGAGGCGGACGGCGGCGGCGGAGACGGUGAGGCGGACGGAGGCGGCGGCGAUGGCGAGGCGGAGGGAGGCGGCGGCGACGGCGAGGCCGACGGAGGCGGCGGCGACGGCGACGCGGACGGCGGCGGCGGCGACGGCGACGCGGACGGAGGCGGCGGCGAUGGCGAGGCGGACGGCGGCGGCGGCGACGGCGACGCGGACGGAGGCGGCGGCGACGGCGAGGCGGACGGAGGCGGCGGCGAUGGCGAGGCGGACGAAGGCGGCGGCGACGGCGAGGCCGACGGAGGCGGCGGCGACGGCGACGCGGACGGAGGCGGCGGCGACGGCGACGCGGACGGAGGCGGCGGCGAUGGCGAGGCGGACGGAGGCGGCGGCGACGGCGACGCGAACGGAGGCGGCGGCGACGGCGACGCGGACGGAGGCGGCGGCGACGGCGAGGUGGACGGAGGCGGCGGCGACGGCGAGGCGGAGGGAGGCGGCGGCGACGGCGAGGCGGAGGGAGGCGGCGGCGACGGUGAGGCGGACGGAGGCGGCGGCGAGGGCGACGCGGACGGCGGCGGCGGCGACGGCGACGCGGAGGGAGGCGGCGGCGACGGCGACGCGGAGGGAGGCGGCGGCGACGGCGAUGCCGAGGGCG